CCCACCGAGCAAGUUCACAGAGGAGCAGCAGCAAUUUCAUAAAGACACUCAGUGAUGCAAAGAACCAUUCUGACAGUUCUUCUGGUACAGUAACAGAAGAUAUUUCCGCCAGUUCCGGUACUGAAGCCAGUUCCACGUCUCAGCCAUCGAAAUAUCUCACUAAGACCAGUUCCUCAUCAAAACGGAGAGUUCUACAUAACAAGGAGAAUCUACCGUCAAAGAAGCUGAAUGGAGUUACCAGGAAAGAUCUGUCAGAAGCCCAAGAGACUGCAAACAGCAUCCAGCAUCAUGGCAUCAUGAAGGGCAUUGAGGAAAUUCUACCACAACUGUCGAAGAAGAAGCAAAAUAUUGUCACAGAAGUACCUCGGGUGAUGGCUGAAUUUCAACUCCUCACAGCUCAACAAGAAAGUGAACGAAGAGCUUAUUAUGCCAAAAUGAAGAAGUUUUUUACAUCAAAGGAAACACCUGAAAGUGAGAAAGCAAACUCAAAUAAAAAUAAGAGCAAGUCAGAUUCAGAAGUUUCCAAGGCUGAUACCCAGGCUGCGAACACAUCUGAUUCCCUGCAAUUUCAUAUUGAAAACCUACAGCAGAAAACAUUGACAGAAACCUGUCUGGGACUGUACACUCUCGAGAAAAGACUGAAAUAUGAAAGUAAAGAGCUUUAUAGGCUGAGGAAAGCAGCUGAGAAAUCCUGCGAGGAUAAGGUUAUCCAGCAGAGCAGAGAUAGUUCGGCUAAAGAAGGCCGACACCAUGAACGGCCGGAGAAAGCAGCAUCUCGACGCCGUCACGAAAACGCUUCCACGCCAGCUGAGGAAAGUUAUGCUUCGACAAUAACACCCAGUUGGAAAGAGAAGAAUUCUGCAAGUAGUAAAUUGGGCUCAACUAGCAAAACACUGCACCACACCGCCAGUGGCAGUAGUAGUAGUAGUGGUAGUAGUAGCAAAGCAACAAGCUCUAUUAGUGAAGAACUCAGCAACAAACAUCUAUCGUCUUCAAUUGGUGAGAGCAUCGGCAGCAAGAACAAGUCCCAGAAGACUUUCAGUGGCAGCAGCAACAGCGCUGCCAAUAGUAAGUCCAUUCCGGAAGCAAUAAAGACAUUGAGUGGAUUAAAUGGAAAUGACAUUUCUCACUCAUCGAGCAUCAAAGACAAAAUCAAGUCUUCAAACUGUGAAUCCGGAGAGAACACACCCAUCACCGAAGAGUACAGCCACACAUUUGAAACCUCGGUCAAUAACAGCUUGAAGACAUCUCUUCGACAGCUACUGAGUCCAUUGGUUGGCAGCCGGAACAACAGCUUCUCGUUCAGGUCAUCUUGUCAAAAGCGUCGCGGCUCUGAAAGUGACACAGAAGAUUCUUUUCAUUCAGAAACUCUGUCGGACGUCAGUGACAUCGAAGUGAGGAUCCGAGCAUUGUCCGAAGAUUUGAAGAAGAAGAAAGCCGAAGCGGAUCGACUCCGACGGGAGCGCAGGAAUAAACACCGUGAGAAACUGAAAGCCCAGGAAGAAUCUCUGGUGAAACAGAUUGAGGCGUACGACCGCUACAUAAACCAAGCGAACGAGGAUCUCCAGAGAGAACAGGAAACUUUACAGCGAAAUGUUGUAGUUAAACCUCAAAUCAAGCAGCCAAAGGUGUUGGAAUCCCGUCGCUUCCGGCAACAAUCCCCUCCAGAUGUCAGUUCUUCCAAGCUUAGUUUGUCACAGUCAAGGGAUUCCACCGGCUCUAGUGCUGAUGAAGGUACUUCCACAAUGACUUCUUGGCCUUCUUCUCUUCUUAAUGACCCAAAACCAUUUUAUAAUUGUCUAGAGUAGUUACAACAUCAUACU